AUGAAACAUUCAAAAGUCGACUCACCGUUUGUGUCGCAGGUCCUUCUGUUCCCCGAGGAAGGCUGGGCGAGAAGUGCAAGUAGUUCCUACUGGACCUUGACGCCUUUCUGGUGGAGUCGGAGUCGGUGCAAGGUCGUCGAAGUCGCUGGAACGAGAAGGUACAGUACUCAAGCAAAGAUGGUAGACACGGGCACGGGAACGCUUUACAUUAUCGGUUCGUUCAAGAGGAUGACGACCGAUCCCGAUUUUAAGCUGUACCUGACGUCGAACGUCUCGUCGAGCGACUUCAACAUGGGUUACAGUAUGACAGGCACGCUGGAGCGCGGCUGCAAGAAGACUAACUCUUUCCAGAUGACCCACUUUGCGGUGAUACGGCGACGGGACUACGAGAAGGCAUACGAGGACCCGAAUCCCACCUAGUGUCCGUCCACACCCACGCUCUCCGAGUGUGGGGAUUGCGAGCAUUACACAUAGUUGGGAGGCAAGGGGCCGUCGGGAAGAGAGAGAGAGAGAGAGAGAGAGAGAGGGACAGAUACACUUCCGCAUGUAUGUAUCGCGCGAGGAAGCGCUACAC